GUAAGAUUAUUUUAUCCUGCCAUUGAUGAGCACGAGAAAAAAAAAAACGAGGUGGGUGUGAAAUAGAGGUGGAGUUUUUCUCUCAUAUCUUUUCUGUAUAAAAGCUGUUGUAGCUCUGUGUUGGGCAGCUCCAGAGAAGCUGGCAGUACAUGAAGACUCAGCCUGUUCUGGGACAUAUGACUGGAUUACACUGCACAAAGGAUAUUCAGAAGAAUAUAAGCAGCUCCUCUUCUGCACUUGUUCCCGUCAGCUCUUCUUCUCCAGUCUUUACUGAGCUCCAUCCUCUCAUGGCUAGCCCUGAGAACAACCCCUCCCAGGAAGACAGGGUGGAGGGCCAAUCAGGGCCUGCAGGACCAUCAUGCCUGCACAGGGCCUGGACCCACUUCCUCAAGGGGGUGUCCUAUUUCUCAGGAGACAUGGAGGUGUUUGGAAAAUGGAUGGAGAAACAGUUUUUUUUGCUGCAGCUCCUGGACUGGGUUCUGCGUGGAGCAGCCCAAGUGAUGUUUGUUAACAACCCUCUGAGUGGCCUGGUCAUUUUUGCUGGCCUCAUUCUGCAAAAUUAUUGGUGGGCCCUCAACGGUUUCGUGGGGACACUCUUUGCAACAAUUUCUGCUCUCAUUCUGCAACAAAGCAGGGGUGCAAUCGCUGCAGGACUUUAUGGAUACAACGGCAUCCUGGUGGGUCUCCUGAUGGCUGUGUUCUCCAAUGCAGGCGACUGGUACUGGUGGCUUCUGCUGCCCAACAUCUUCAUGUCCAUGAUGUGCCCGAUUGUGUCCAGUGCCCUGGCAUCUAUUAACACCCGCUGGGAUCUGCCGGUGUUCACGCUGCCAUUCAACAUCCUGGUGUGUCUCCACAUGGUCGCCACAGGCCACUAUAACCACCAUUUCCCCCAGGUCCUCAUCCAGCCACGCUCAGAGCUGCCCAACAUCACCUGGUCUGAAAUCGACGUGGCAAAGCUGUUCAGGUCCAUACCAGUGGGAAUAGGACAGGUGUAUGGCUGCGACAACCCUUGGACAGGAGGGAUCUUCAUCAUCUCCCUCUUCAUCUCUUCACCCAUCACCUGUGUCCAUGCUGUUCUGGGAUCUGCUGUGGGAAUGGUGUCAGGUCUGGCUUUAUCAGCUCCUUUUGAGGACAUUUACUUCGGUCUCUGGGGAUACAACUGCGUCUUAGCCUGCAUCGCGGUGGGAGGGAUGUUCUACGCUCUCACCUGGCAGGUGCACCUGCUCGCCAUCACAUGUGCUUUUUUCUGCGCGUACCUUGGCUCAGCCAUCUCCAACGUCAUGUCCACGUUUGGUUUGCCGGCGUGCACCUGGCCUUUCUGCCUGUCUGCCCUCACCUUCCUCCUCCUAACGACGGGGACCAAGAGGAUAUUCAAGCUCCCGCUGGCCAAAGUCACCUACCCUGAGAAAAAUCUGGCCUUCUACUGGAGGCUGAAGAAGCAGGAGAAGGCAGAGAAGGCAGAGAAGGCAGCGAAAGAGAGUCAGGAGCAGCUGAACGCUGAUAUAACCCAGAAAGAGAAAGAGCAAUUAAAACUGCAACUUCAGCGAAUAGAGGAGGGGAGACAAGAAAGUGAAAACGACAACAGUACUGAAGUGGAUGAGGGAGUUAAUGUGGAAGAAACAAACGGAGAAGAUAAUUCACCCAAGGUUGUUCUUGCUGAUUAUGUCUGAACAAUGUUCUUGGAAAUGGUGAAGAUGUGAAAAUGAGGAGUGACACUGAAAUGUUUCAAUAAUGUAAAUUUAUGCAGUUGUAAAUAUGUUUAUAUAUUUUUUAUUCUGCUGUCAAUAUUCAUGUUCUUUUUUAAGAGUCAUGUUCAAUUUAGCAACUAGUACUUCUUCCAUACAUUUGUCUUAAUGUGGGAGUCAUGCUUUUAUUUGCACCGUAAUUUUUUUUUUUGUAACAAUAAAUUUUGUUGUUUUCAAAAACAGGGACAUUCUGUCAGCAGGAUAACUAGCUGUGCACUCCACUAAGCUGGUCUUUGUGGAUGAAUAGCACAAGAAAAGCUGUUUUGCUUUUCGGACUCAUAAAAAACUUGCAAACUCUGUGGCUGAUAUGCAAAAUAUUAAGGGUGUAGGAAAAUUAAUGCUGUCCACUGUCAUGAACUUACCAUCCAAUUGAUAUUUUGGAUAUUUUCCAAUUGAUACCAUACUGGUGAAAAACUGUGAGAGGCUGCAAAAAGCUUAAGAUUAAAGGUUCACAACACAUCGAACGUUGAGGCGGCUGGGCUACAGCAGCAGAAGACCAACCGGGAGUCACUCCUGUCAGCUAAGAACAGGAAACUUAGACUACAAAUCACAUAGGCUCACCAGAAUUGGGCGAUAGGAAAUCCGGAAAAACGUUGCCUGGUCUGAUGAGUCUUGAUUUCUGCUGCGACGUUCGGAUGGUAGGGUCAGAAUUUGGCUUCAACAACAUGAAACAGGAGUGACACUGAAAUGUCAAAUGAACCUUGUAUCAACAGUUCAGGCUGGUGGUGGUGAGACAAUACUGUGGGCAAUAUUUUUCUGGCUCACUUUGGGCCCAUUGGUACCAAUAGAGCAUUGUGUCAACACCACAGCCUACCUGAGUAUUGUUGCUGACCAUGUCCAUCUGUUUAUGACCGCAGUGUGGCCCAGUCAAAGUGUAGAUAUAGAUAAUUCCGAAUGUAGCAAAUUAAGCUUUUAUUUGGUAAGAAUGAUUCACUCUUUUACUCUAAUGAAUUAUUCGUAUUGGUCCAUCCUUUCUGUGAUGUUGGUGCUUGUUCAUUGAGAAUGAACCUGAAACUUUCAAUAUUUAAAUGUUUGCACUUCCCCAUUAAAUUUCUAUCACACCUAAAUCAGUUGAAGCUUUGGCUCUGCUCACAAAGAGAUACGUUUCUGCCUGGUUGCAACUAGUCACCAUGACAUGACUUUAA